AUGAUUUGUUUCUAAAAACCAACACCACUGAUCCAUCCAAUAGUUUUCGAUUCAUCAAUCAGCGUUGGAUUUUUUAAAAGAAUCUUUAAUUUGUCUUACCAAAAACAAAAAAGGUUCUAGAGAAGUAUUAUUUUUCCUCUUUUUAUUUUAUUUUUACACAAGCACAAAAAUAUGAUAGAAUUCGUAGCAACAACAACAAUUGAAAGAAUCAAUUUGAUGAGGAGUAUGAUAGAAUUAAUAACAACAACACCAUCAAAGAAAAAAAAAAGAAAAGAAAAAAAAGAAAAGAAAAGUAAGAAGAGGACUGUUCUUUGAUAUUGUUGUUGUUAUUGAUGAAAUGAAAUUGAGUUUUCUCUCUCUUCCGGAAUUUAGAUCAUCACAAACAAAAACAAAGUCUUUAAUUCUAUCUACUAUCUCUUCUCUUUUUAGGGUUCGCACUUGUUCUUUCAAUCUCUCUUCUUUACUCCUACUAACUUAGUUUAUUUAUUUCUCUUUUCUUUUUUCUUCUGACGCCAACUAUUUCCUUCUUUCUAUCUAAAUUCUAAUUCUAAAAAUUCUUCUCUUCAAAUAUCUAAAAAUCUAUUUUAUUUAUUUAAUUCUUAUUCCAGUAACAAAUCUCACCGCACAUCACAUACACCUUUAUAUAUUUCUUCGUUGGUGUUACGACACACAGAUUUCUACUAAUCAAAUCAUCCCCUUUUUUGGUUUCAAUUCCCAAAGAAAAAUCUCUAACCCUAACCCAAACAUUCAUUCUUAUCGUCUCGUCUCAUCCUCUGUCUGGAACCCUAAAAUUCCUUUUUUUCUUCCUUCGUCUCUUAGAUCUUCUGUUGCGUCUCUUUUGAUUUUAGGUUUUUGUUCUUGGUUUGAUCUUUAAUGAUGAUGGACUCGACACCUGAUGGAGAAAGGAAAAAGCCGCCUGAAGGGACUAGUGGUGGUGGUGGUGGUGGUGGUGGAGGAGAAUCCAAGUCUAAAAGGAAGAUGAAAACUCCUAUGCAGUUGGAACUUUUGGAGAAAACAUAUGCUGUGGAGGCAUAUCCAUCAGAGGCAAUAAGACAAGAGUUAUCUGCAAAGUUAGACCUAUCGGAUCGGCAAUUACAGAUGUGGUUUUGUCACAGAAGGUUAAAAGAUAGGAAAGUAGCACCAGAGAAGAAGCCUAGGAAGGAUAAUAUGCAAUUAACAGCCUCAACAUCUGGACAAGGCUUAGAUGAGAUGAUGAUGGGUGGUGGUGAUCAAGGAAAUGACCCCGGGUCUGGGUCAGGUUCAGGGUCAAGUCAGUAUGAGCAUCGGAAAGUGGGUGGUAGUGGUGGUCGUACUACUAUCUCGAGGGGUGUAGCUGAUACUACUGUGGCCAUGAGUAGAAGGUAUCGUGAGACGCCUCAGGAUAUAUCAGAAUUAAGGGCGAUUGCGUUUGUGGAGUCGCAGUUGGGAGAGGCAUUGAGAGAGGAUGGACCCAUUCUUGGAAUGGAAUUUGAUCCAUUGCCUCCUGGUGCCUUUGGCGCGCCUAUAGUGGCGCAGCAAAAGCAAGCUGGUAGGCCUUAUGAUGGCAAAAUGUACGACCGGCAUGAUACUAAAUCAAUCAAGACACCAUCAGUCUUACCUGGUUCAUCUGGUGGCAAAAGAAAAUUAGCAUCAGGAAAUGCUCAUAUGGUUCAUCCUCAGUCUGCUCCUAGGGCUCUGCAGGAAUACCAGUUUCUUCCCGAGCAGCCUAGUGUUAGAUCCGAUACAUAUGAAAGGGCUGACCCCUCACAUUUUUAUAGUUCACAACAUGAUGGUCAUAGUGGCAGGGCUUCAUCAUUAUCAGCUGGAGGAUCCCACCUCCAUGGCAAAGAACAAGUGCCCACCGGUUAUGGUCAGGGGACUAGUGCUAGUCUUCAGUCUCAGCAAGGAAGAAUUAGUCAUGUUUUAGGAGAGUAUGAUAGGAUGGAUGUACAGGUUGGAUUAGAAAAUCCACUUCUAUUAUGUGACAGGCGCAUGUCUAAUGAAGAUGAAGCUGCCCGUCUUGAGAGGAAGCGCAAGUUCGCGCAGAGUGAUGAAGCAAGAAUAGCAAGGGAAGUGGAAGCUCACGAGAAAAGAAUUCGGAAAGAGCUAGAGAAACAAGAUAUUUUAAGGAGAAAGAGAGAAGAGCAAAUGCGUCGAGAAAUGGAAAAACAUGACCGUGAAAGACGGAAAGAAGAAGAGAGGUUGAUGCGUGAAAAGCUGCGAGAAGAGGAGAGAUUCCAGCGAGAGCAAAAGCGUGAACUUGAGAGAAGGGAGAGGUUUAUGCAAAAAGAAAACCUGAGAGCUGAAAAAAUGAGGCAGAAAGAAGAGCAACGUAGAGAGAAAGAGGCAGCAAGGCAAAAGGCUGCUAAUGAGAGAGCUACUGCUCGUCGAAUUGCUAAAGAAUCUAUGGAGCUCAUUGAAGAUGAGCGCCUGGAGCUUAUGGAGCUGGCUGCUUCAAGCAAGGGUUUGCCUUCUAUAAUAUCUCUUGACAGUGAUACUUUGGAAAACCUGGAUCUCUUUAAAGAUAUGUUGGUUACUUUCCCUCCCAAGUCUGUGCAACUAAGCAGACCUUUCGCCAUCCAGCCAUGGAAGGAUUCAGAGGAGAAUGUGGGGAACCUUCUCAUGGUUUGGAGGUUUUUAAUUACUUUCGCAGACAUUCUUGAGCUUUGGCCUUUUACCCUUGAUGAGUUUGUCCAAGCUUUUCAUGAUUAUGACCCAAGGUUGUUGGGCGAAAUACAUGUUGCUCUUUUGAGGUCUAUUGUUAAAGAUAUUGAAGAUGUUGCCAGGACUCCCUCAAUGGGAUUAGGGGCAAAUCAAAAUAGUUCUGUAAAUCCUGGUGGUGGACACCCGCAGAUUGUUGAGGGGGCUUAUGCUUGGGGAUUUGACAUACGCAGCUGGCAACAGCACCUGAACCCAUUGACAUGGCCGGAAGUACUGCGCCAGUUUGCAUUGUCCGCUGGGUUUGGACCACAAUUGAAGAAAAGGAGUCUAGAACAAUCGUUUUUUCGCGAUGAGAACGAGGGUCACGAUUGUGAAGAUAUAGUUUCUACUUUACGCAACGGUGCAGCAGCUGUAAGUGCUGCUGCCGUGAUGCAAGAAAAGGGUUUGUCUCAACCGCGCAGAUCCAGGCAUCGGUUAACUCCAGGAACUGUAAAAUUCGCAGCAUUCCAUGUUCUCUCUCUCGAGGGUAGCAAGGGGUUGUCAAUACUGGAAGUUGCAGACAAGAUUCAGAAAUCUGGACUACGGGACCUUACAACAAGCAAGACACCCGAGGCAUCUAUUGCGGCUGCAUUAUCAAGAGAUUCACACCUUUUCGAACGAACCGCUCCUUCAACAUAUUGUGUUCGGGAAGCGUUCAGGAAGGAUCCGAAUGAUGCUGAUGCAAUACUCUCCGCAGCCAGAGAAAAAAUACAAAUAUUUGCGAAUGGUCUCUCAGAUUCUGAAGAAGCUGGGAAGGAUGUAGAAGAUGCUGAUGAUGAUUCUGAGUGUGAUGUUGCUGAGGAUCCCGAGGUUGAUGACGUAGAUAUGACAUCAAAUCAGAAGGAGGAUCACCACCUAGCCUCAGUAAUAACUGAUAAGUCAGUAGCUUGCUUGAAAGUUGGAAAGAGGGAAAAUGCUGGCAAGGAAGUAGGAGAAAUUCUACAAAGUGGGCAUGGAAGUGCUCCUGGGAGUAGUCUUAAAUCAUUUCCUGUAGAAGGAUCUCAGGAAAUAGGCACAGGUGCUCUCACUGAUCAGUCUGCUGAUCUUGCUCGGAACAGCAAUGGAGCUAGCACUAAUGAUCUUGAGGAUGCAGAGAUUGAUGAGAGCAACACUGGUGAGCCAUGGGUGCAAGGGUUGAUGGAAGGGGAAUAUGCUGACCUUACUGUUGAGGAGCGUCUUAAUGCUCUGGUUGCCUUAAUUGGUGUGGCAAUUGAAGGAAAUUCAGUCCGUGUUAUUCUAGAGGUACGGUUGGAAGCUGCAAACGCUCUCAAGAAGCAAAUGUGGGCGGAGGCGCAACUGGAUAAGAGGCGGAUGAAAGAAGAAUACAUAACAAAGCCUCAAAGUUUGUCUUUUAUGGGCAAGACUGAGCUAAAUGUACUGAGUUUCGUAGUGGAUGGCAGUCAAAGUCCAUUUGGUGACAGCAAAAACAAUGAGGCAUCCUUGCACCCAUCUCUGAAAGAAGAACCUAUUUUUGAUCCUAGCAAUGCCCAAAUUUAUCUUAAUAACAUGUCUGCGGAGUGCAAUGUAACCCCAGAAAAUUAUCAGCAGCAACAUGCAUAUGCUGCUGCGGAAAAAUCGCGGUCACAAUAUAAGUCUUACAUUGGUCAAAGAGCAGAGGAGAUGUAUGUAUACAGGUCUUUGCCCCUUGGUCAAGAUCGUAAGCGUAAUCGGUACUGGCAGUUUGUCACGUCUGCUACUAGAAAUGAUCCUGGUACUGGUAGGAUCUUUUACGAAUCUCAAGGUGGUUGCUGGAGGCUUAUUGACACAGAAGAGGCUUUCGAUAUUCUUUUAUCAUCUCUUGAUAUACGUGGAAUUAGGGAAUCACAUUUGCACUCAAUGUUGCAAAAAAUUGAGGUAUCAUUCAAGGAUGCAGUUAAAAGGAAUUCAAAAUGCAGGAACCAUGUGGACCCAGUUGAAGAUCGAGUUAAAACUGAAGUUUCUGAAAUAGUUUCAAGUCCUGAUCGUUCUGCAGGAACUGAAAGUCCUAGUAGUACAGUAUGUGCUGUUGGUUCUGACACAGUUCUCCAGUCAUCGUCGUUCAAAAUUGAUCUUGGGAGGAAUGAAACUGAGAAAACUGAUGCCUUAAAAAGGUAUCAAGAUUCACAAAGGUGGAUGUGGAAAGAAUGCUUUAAUCCUUCAACAAUGUGUGCUAUAAAGUAUGGAAAGAAAAGAUGCUCGGAGCUUCUUGUCACUUGUGAUUUCUGUCUCGAUUCGUACUUCCCUAAAGAUAACAGAUGUCCUGUUUGCCAUAGGAUAUUCGGAAAUUUAUCUAACAGUAGUAAGUCUUCCGACUCUGUCAAUCAAUGUGAAGAGAAGCCUAGGCUGGAAUCUGACUGGAAUAUCCGUGGUCUGGAGACUUCUCUUCCGCUAAGAAUCAGAUUGCUCAAGGCACAAGUAGCUAUAACUGAGGUAUCUAUCCCACCAGAAGCUAUUCAGCCUCUCUGGACGGAGGAUAGUCGUAAUUCCUGGGGUUUGAAAUUGCAAUCAUCAUCCUCGGCUGAGGAUCUUCUACAGAUUCUUACUCUCCUCGAGGGUGCUAUUAAAAGGGAUUGUCUAUCAUCAAGCUUCGAGACGACCAAGGAGCUGUUAGGUAACUUUCCCCCCCCAGUGCGUGCUGCUGAUGGUUUUUCUUCUGGAUCAGUUCCUAUACUUCCAUGGGUACCACAGACAACUGCAGCUGUUGCAUUAAGGCUUCUGGAACUGGAUGCGGCCAUUACUUACAUGUUGCAGCAAAAGGCGGAGUCUCAAAAAGACAAGGAAUCCGGAGACUUCAUUAAGCUUCCAUCUAAAUAUACUGUCAUAAAAAAUAUCCAAGAGGCUGAACCAGCAGUUACUCCUGAGCCAGCUGUCUUUCUACAAGAAGAGAACUGGUUUGAUAUGGGUAGUGGGCGUAGCACCUCUGGACGUGGACAGAUGAUCCGUGGAAAGGGGCGUGGUCGCAGUGCUGGUGGGAGGUUGCCGAGGGGAUCCAGUGGCAUGAGAAUCGACUCUGGGAGGGUAAGUGCUGGGAAGGGUGAGAAGAUGGUAGCUGUUCAAGGAUUGGGAGGGAAAAGCCAAACAGCACGCGGAAAAGGAGGACGUAAACGUGGUAAACGUACUGCCAAGAGUAGACAGAAAUCAUCAGCAGCAGUUAAGAAGAGGGUGGUUAUAAAGGAUAUGGGAAUGGGAGGUUUCGGUGGUCAGUUCGGGAACAGCAUAGUGAUUCCUAAACAGAACAACUAUAGGGAAUCUCCAAGAAGCUCAGGUGGGGAAGAUGAGGGUGGAUGGGAAGAAGAUACCAGGAGACUGCAUGAUGUACAUGUACAGAUGGAUAGGGAUGACAUCAGUGUAGAGGAGGCGUCAGGGGAAUCCGAUGACAAUGGUUUAGGUGAGUAUGACGUGCGGCGAACAGAUUACAGUGGCAUGUAUAAUGGCAAAUCUGUGAACUUAUUAGAAAGUGAUGCGGAGGAUGAAGAUGAAUAUGUUGAUGACUCAAGGAUUGGUGAUGAAGAAGAUGAAGAAGACUUGGAAGAAGUAGAAGGAGAUGGGUAUGGCGAAGACGAUGUAGGCAUGGAAGAAAGGUACCGCCUUCAUGGAGUAGGAACUAAUAGGAAUGUAGAAGAAAUUGAAGAAGAUGACGAGGAAGAGAAUGUUGACGCAGAUGAAGCAAUGGAAACUGAUUCUUCAGAUUAUAGUGAGUGAGAAAUGUAGUCUUGGAGAAGAAUUUUCUUGUAAGUUAGUAUUAUAUGUAGAGUAAAAUGGUAGUGUCAGCCCACAUAAGAAAUAUGAUUGAACAUUGUGUAUGUAGAGAGGGAUCUUGCUUGAAUCAGGUUCUUUGGAAGAAAAAGAAAUGAAAAAAAAGGGGGUAUGAAAAGCAAAAAACCCAGUGCUUGAUUUUA